AUGCGGCCCGGCUCAAGCUCGCCAGCGGCUUCCAGCGGAGCAGAGGGAAUGACCGAUGGAAAUGUGUCCAUCGGCUACACGUGCACACGCAAGGAAGUUCUUGAGGCCUACAACAAGGAACAUCCAGAAGAGAUGGUCAAUGUAGAUUUCCAGGGUUUUGUGGACGAGGAGUUGUAUGAAGUGAUUGUUUGGCUUGACUCGAUCUUGGACCGCUUCUAUGCUGUAGAUAACAAGAGGAAGAAGCUGAAAUACGCGCAUCAAGCCUAUCAACAAAAAGUCUUUCAUUAUCGCUUCGAAAUGGACAAAUUCUUCCUGGGUUUCUAUGUGAUGAACUUCCGGAGUUCUGAUGGUGGCAACUUUUGCGACAUGGACCUGGAUCAAUUCCAGCUCAACGACCACAAGAAGAGGACUCUGGACGAGGCACUUGGGGUCGUGGGUUGCGAAACGAGGGGUCGGCCCUUGAAGCUGGCAGUGCAAUCCUGA